AUGCGCCCGGUAGGAGAUAUGCUCGGACAAUUCUUCAGCGGCCGAAAGGGCGCUCAGGCGCAUCCAUCACCAACCGCGACGCUCGAUUCUGCUACCGAAGAGUCUCACACACGCCACCUGCUCUACCCCGAAACCAGCACCCUCUAUCACCCCGAUGGCCAGCCAUACCCGCUACACGGAGCCGCCCUCUCGCUAGGGACCGCUCAUGACGGGCCACUGCCCGAGAUUGACCUCGAGUUCCCGCGCGACUGCCGCAUCCUUAUCGCCCAAGAUGAAUCCGGGAGCGCCCACAAGACUAUUCUGUUCGAUUCGAAGCCGGGCCCCUUUCGCGCAGAGUCGCCUACGCAGCCGAGCACGCGCUCACGAGGCUUUGGUGGACUCGGCGGCACAAGCACCGUGGGCCCCUCGUACGGAGGCAUGCAUGCGCGCCGCGCUUCGCUCGUCACCGAGUCCACCCCACGAUCACCCACUGUUGCCGCCUUUGCGCGCUCGCGAACUAGAGGGAACUCUAUCUCAUCCAUGCCCAACAUCGACGAGCACGCACAGUCACAGGCAAAGGCACAAGCAAAAUCCAAAGAGUCCACCGAUCUUGUGAACGCCGCCUUGGAGUGCAUGUUCGGGAAUACACCCAUGAAUUACCGGGGGAACUCGAACAAGAUACAUAUUGUACCACUUGAAUCUAAAACAGCCGACUCAAAUGCUGCUAUCCCGCCGAUACAAGAUGGUACAAAUUCACUGGGCCGAUCAGAAGGCCUCCGGCGGAGGAGUAAUUUGGCCAAAUCAUUUACUCCCGGGAACAUUCCUCCCGAAUUGGUUGUUGGCGAGAGCAGCGGCGUAACCGCGAAGGAAUCCAGAAGGCGAACCAUCUUCAUUACGCGCAUGUUCUCUGUGACCAUCCCCGACGACGAACAAGACACGUCCAACGUGCGCACUCCAACACCACAAAGCUCUGUCGGCACCAGCAACGGCUUUCCAUUUCCAAAUCUGAAUGCCCGAGGGCCUCAGAAGUUACCACCGUUACGGAAAAGCCCUAUGUAUGCGAUCACCAUCAUCUUACAUCUACCGAUAGGCGCUCCCUCGUCAACACUACGACCAUCGUCGCGGCCGGGCCAGUCUAAGGCGCAUCAUUUGUCCACCUCUGCGCCCGGGAACGACUCCUUAGGGUCGUCGUUAGAUUCUGAUCGUAGAGCUGGAUGGUCUUGGGUCGAUGGCAACUUUGGUGUAGACUCGCUACUCUCUAUGUCUCUUAGUAGCGACGUAGACGACCGUGUCGACGUCGUGGGCCAACACUGGGAUGUCAUCAUGAGAACUCUCACCAGUCUUCAAUUUGUUGUUCAAGAGAAGAUCUUGGCCCACAUAAAGGCAGCACAGUCGACCGCUGUUCCUUUGCUUCAUCAACCCCGUGUGCAGCCGUCUCGUUCGAGUCUUCGAAAUACGACUAGUGCGCCUGCGCGUCGAGUUGUCGCAUUGCAGCCGAAUGCUCUCAUGUUCGACGCGGACAUCAAGAAAGCGGUUGAUCUAGCGGGCAGUCGCGUCGUCAGUGGCAUGCGAAUACCUCGAGUCAUGACAGGGCAGGGAAAAUGGGGUGUAUGGCGUGAAGAAGCACGGUGGCUUGGAAGGUGGGCAGGUGGGAAAGAAGAGAACUUCUUCUUUUUCAUACUGUUGACUGCUUUUUUGGGAAACCAUACUGAGUGGCUCAAUGUGCUUGGCCCGAAAUUGCAUCGCAGGCGCCAUCGAGAGCAGCACAAGGUCAAUGCAGGUGACAAUCUCAUCAUCCCGAAUCGGACUGUCAUUGUUUCGCCAGACAAGAUGGCUGCACGGCGGCUGAUCUUCCUCCUCGCCACCUUCCUUCCACCGAACGCGUUGAGUUCAUACGACGUCUCGCCCAUGCGACCGAGCACAUCCGCCUCUUUGCGCGGAUAUUCACAAUCGCCGCCAAUUAAUAUGCCACCAUCUCGAAAACACUCCUUGCGUCGGCAAAUCAACCGACGGCCUCGCGGUAAGGACAGCCAGGUCAAUAUACGCCUCCAGCCUCCCGCUACGGAUGAUACAGAUCUCUCCAACCUCGACUCACCCGAUAGGCGUAUGGAUUCUGGUGUUGCUGAUUAUCCGGAGAUGCCGCGGCAUUCUCGCCGUUCUUCUGCUCAUUCCAUACGCACGAGUUUAGUGAUGGCGUCCAUGUCUGACACUGCUGCUCUCACAAAAUCCACAAGCGCUACCGUGUCUACAGGUGCAUCUAACAAUGAUGCUCCGGUACCUCAUUUUGCUCUUCCAAGGACCAAGUCUGGACCGAUGCCUGAUCAAAGACCUGAUCAAAGACCUGAAAGUAUGGACAGUUUAGCCUCUGCGAAUCUGAUGAACACCUUGCAAAGAAGCAGUACAGGUCACGCGAGCAAUCCCAGUACCGAGUCUGUCAAUAGCAGGUGGAGCGGCUUCAUGAGCUUUUGGGGGGGCAGACGUGGCUCUUCCACCGACCAAAGUGAGUACCUGCAGACUACGGAUGAUGGCCUAGGUGUUGCAGGUUCGGCCUAUAGGGGUCCGGAGCGGCCUCGUUCUCAAUUGGAACAAAUGGUGCAGGAGCUUUCAAUGGAUGGUGUUUUUGGCGAAGCCGACCCGUUCGAUCCAUCCACGAACAAAACCAUCAACAUUGGUGAACACUCUCCAGAGACUUAUCCAAUUGGUACCAGUGGCAUUCCUGCUUCAGCCGCACGUCCGAUUCCAGAGCGUCCGAAGACAUUCGACACUGCUUUGAAGCUCUCCGUGAAUGAGAAAGACGGUGUCAUCGACGUAGAUAUCCCGCUACCCGAGUUUGGCUCUCCACUUCAGUCACCUCUGUUGGGAGGAUACGGUUCCGUUCCUAGCCAGCAAGGGUCCAGUUAUGGUGAAUCUUCGGUCUUAUCUAUGCCCUAUUGCGAACCUGAGCAAUCGGUUAACGCUGCCGGAUGGUUGAAGCAAUUCCAUCCGGAUUUUGCUAUCCAGGCGAUCAGACCAUACAAUGAGCUAGAGCGUGAUAUCAAGUGGGCUAUGAGUGCUGAGCCAAGUCCCAUCACUUCGGCUGCUACUCCGACUCUUGAGCAAGGCCCGCUCGAGCGAUGGGUUGAUGUCUGCUCUGCACUCAUCGCAGACACCAGAACGUUUAGCAUCAAACGUAUCAGCCUGCGACGCCUCAUUCGGCUUAUUCCCACUCCAACGUACCAAGCGCCUGCUAUGACACCUGGUAUCUCUGGUAUGCCACCGGGACGGUCUCAAUAUGGCAAUCCUUACAACACGGGAGCGGCCGCGCCAUUGAUGACUGAAGUGCACCUGGCGGAGAAGUUCAUUGAAGAACAGAUUAUGGACUUCGAUGCGACUCUUAUUGACGCUGUGGAUCGUUGUUUGGCACAGUCGGGACAAGGCUCUCGCGCCCAAUCCGCUAGCUCUUCGCGUUCAAGUUCCAGGCGAGGAAGACACGACACUCGCAAUGUAAUGGAAACAGCGCCACACGUCGAAGUCCCGCAAACCGAUUGUAAAGCCGUGAUCUUCGAUGCUCUCGAGAUCGUGGUGAAAAAUGUUACAGCUGAACGCGAUACUAAGCAUGCCGCGAAUGAUGAUGCCGUAGCGGAAAGAAAAGACAAAGGCGAUGUUGCUAAGACUGCGACCGACUCGUCUUUGAAGGAAGGCAUACGACGCUGGCUCACCGAAGUGGAGUGA